AUGCUGCUAUCGUCCCAGGAAGUGUCCGCCUCAAAGAAGAAGAUGAAGCUGAGUCGCUGGCAACGGUUCUCGAGGAAGCUGAAUCCCAAGUCUUCGUUUGACCCUGACAAUGUUGGGCACUGGACUAAGAAAGUGGAGAAAGCUCCGGAUUUUGCUAUUUUGAAUUCAUAUUCUACCACAAACGCAGAUUUACCUGGAGGGCUUUGGCGACAAGCGGUAGAUCUGGGAACAUGUGAGCCAAUGGAGUAUCCUGAUGACGUCUAUGAAGAAGCUCGGGAGCUAGUCAACGACUGGCUAGACAACAAACUUAAACAAGAAUUAGCAAGCGACGGAGACGGGGAGAGCACUGUGCCGAGCAGCGCCCCUGUGCUAGACCCCCACGGCCAUUUGAAGUGUGACAAGUUUGAUGAUUUAUGUGGCUAUUUGGAGGAAGAGGAGGAAAGUGCCAGUGUUCAGAAAUUUAUAGAGCAUCUGCUCCAUAAAGAAGUGGUGGAUUCUGAGAUGGUGGAAGAGCUUGGAAUGAAGGAAAACCAAGGCAAGAGGCAGCAGAAGGAUCCUCGUCUUACCAUGGAGAUGAGACAUAAGCAGGUCAAAGAAAAUCGCUUAAGACGAGAGAAACAGCUGGAGUUCCAGAGAAUGGAAAACGCUCUGAAAAAAGCAGCCUUCUUGGAGGCCCAGUGUCUGGUCCGAGAAGAGAAGAGAAGGAAGGCUCUGCUGGCCAAGAAAGAGCAGGAGGGGAUUCAGAGAGAGAUGGUAAAGCUUCGACGGGAGAUACUUGAAAGAAGGCACACUGUGGAAGAAGCCUGGAAAAUAGAAAAGAAAAAGCAAGAAGAAAACUCUCAGAGGAAUACAGAGGGGGAAGUGAUGGGAAGUUCUCACUUACAUCUUGAUGAAGAAAAAGUGGCAAAAGAAAGAAAAAGAAAAUUGAGGAAGAUUCUAAUCCGGACUUUCCAGGAAAAUCACCAGUGUCAAAAGCGGUAUUUCUCUGCCUGGCACAAGCUGAUUCUGGAUCAUAGGAUUAAGCUGGGGAAAGCGGGGACCCUGUCUGACUGGAAGCUUCAACUGAAGGUCCUGCGAGCCUGGAGAGACCAUACACGAUCCCAGAAGUUGGAGCGGGAGACACGAGCCUUGGAAAACGACCUUAGGGAAGAGAACAGAAAACAACAGCUGGCUACUGAAUAUAACCGGAAACACAUUCUUCGGUACUGUUUUGGCGAAUGGCAGCGUUGGCAUGGCUCAGAAGUUAUCAAGAGGGAGCUGGCUAUAGCAAAGAAGCAAACUAGGAAGAAAAUGGACGAACUGCUGAAGGCAGCCUCCCUCGGGAAACUGAACUCUAACAGGUCUUCAGGUGUCCGACUUCUUGCUGAGGCAACAGCUGCGGUGGACCCACCAAUAGGAAGUGGAAAGGUCACUCUCACAUCCCCUUCGUGGGAACAGCCACCUCUGGGGAGCAGUGGUUGUACCCUCAGCCAUUCCCCAGGAAGGACAACCAAGGGUAAUUUUCAGGGUCCUCUGCCAGACGUCUCUGGGAGCACACCUGGCACAAAGCAGCCCAUGACUCCAAGUGCUGAGACCUCUGAAGAGCCUGAUAGCCAUGAAAAGCCUGGGACCACUAGCCAGGAAGCAGACCCUGUUUGUGUGGGGCAUUUCGACUGCCGCCAUGUCUGCCAGCAACAGCUGCUUGAGAAGAAACUUAAAGAGCAGCAGAAAACCAUUCAGAAGCUGAAGGAACACCAGCGCGUGGCCCAGGCACGAUGGGCAGCUGGGCGGGCCACAGCAGGCCCAGAAGCAUGCAGCCACCUUCAGUUAACGCCCAGAGGAGCAGAGGAGAGGCAGGGAAGCUGCCAGAGGCCUCGGAAUUCAUCCAUUCCUUCCCGUAGGAGUGAAGAUAGGAGAACUGAUUCCAGAAAUUUUGUUCCCGCAUCCAAAAGGGCCCCAAAGACGCCAGCAGCGCCACACCCCUUACUGAAAGCAAUGGAAGAGAGAGCAAUUCAACGAGCUGAACGUAGGCGGAUCUUGGCAGAAAGGAAGAAAAAACAAGAAGAAGACAAAUUGGCUCAGUUAAAGGCCCAACAGGAAGAAUGCCAGAAGAAAGAAGCAGAAGAAAAGGAAGCUCAGCUGGAGAGAAAGAGAGAGGAAAAGAGGCUGAAGAAGAUGAAAGAACUAGAGAAACAGAAGAGAAUUAAAAGAAAUCAAGAGUUGGAAGCAAUGGCCAAAGAUCAUUAUGAAAAGGUCUUGCUAAGGAAAAAAGGCCUAGAGCCCUGGAAGAGACUGAGAAUGCAAAGCAAGCAAAGCAUUGAGAGAGCAAAAGAACAUCAUUCUUUGGCUCUACAAAGAAAAUGCCUGCUCAGCUGGUUCCAGUGUAGCCAGGAAAGUCUGGCUACAAAGACAGCCAAGGCUGAUCAAUUGUAUUCCCAACUAUUGUGUAGGAAAGUCUUCCAAAGCUGGCUCCAGUAUAUCAAUGGUCUGGAGCAAGAAGCCAGGAAAUUCCUCAUCCACCUACUGCAGAAGAAGGUUUUCAUGGCCUGGUUUACCAUGGUCAGGAAGCUGAAAGUCGAGUCUCAGAGAAAGCUGGAGAUUGCCGCAGAACACUGUGACAGGAAUAUUCUCAGUGUCACACUUCAGACAUGGAAGGCAUUUGUAAAACUUACCAAAGAAGAGCGAGUGAAAGAAAAACGGCGAGACCAGCUCCGCCGGAAGGUUGCUGAGAUCCUUCCAGACUUCCAGAUGCUAGCGCCACUGUGAUGGCUGCGUACCAGUAAACUAAAUGCUUGUGCUCUAAAGGAAGUCCUUGGUGCUGGGAUGUGUGCAGGCUGUCUCCACCUACACCCCUACCUAAGGCUGCUUUACCUUCUAGGGGUAUCACAGACCAAUGGAAUGACCUUGGAAAUGUGUUCUUUCAUCUUGAUCUCCUAGGUUGCUAGGCCUCUGUUGUAAUGUCUGUCACAGUGGAGCCUUCUACAGGAACAG